UUUUCGUCAUAUGGAGCGAGUAGAAGCAAAUUUCGAUAUAUGGAUGUGGAGAGCAAUUUCACAUCUUCUAGGCACGAUAUUUAGAGAAUCAGGUGCACACACAUCACCACCCAAUGAUCCUCCGUACUUGACCUAUCUUCCAUCCCUGAACAUGGUGACAACUGUCGUAUGCUCUCAUUCUGGAUGAAGCUAUUGCUAUUGAUAAGAAGAACUUCUCAAGUUUGCUAGCAAUAGCCGAUGUAAGAAUUGAAAGCAAAGGAUCACAUGUCUCUGUGGAGGCCAAGGAGAAUUAUCUUCUCGUUCAUACCGACAGCUUUUGAUAAUAUAUUUUGCCCAUCGGUCUGACAUGCUAAAGAAGCUUAGCGCGUACCCUGUUGAGAAAUAUCUUUCCAAAAGGCUUCGAACUAGACGGCAGUGCAAGGCUGCAUGCUUCAUGAAUUAAGGCCGAGACUAUUUGAUUCAUGCGUCUCCAGUGAAGCGAACAGAGUCGAUCGAUGGCUUGUGGGAAAGUGAUGGAGUCUAUGACCCUAGGAGUUCUGGCGGUGUUUCUACUGGCAUCUACUGCUGAGGGAACCGCAGAUUUUACUAUCCAGGACAAAGACACACUGGCUGUUGCCUUGAAUCUCGAGUACUUUGAAGCAGAAUUCUUCCUCUUCGGAGCUUACGGACUGGGACUCGACCACUUUGCUGCCCAUCUCGCUGAUAAUGGAGCAGCUCCCAAAGGUGGAGAGAAAGCUGAUUUGGACCCCAUCGUCAGAGAGCUCGUCGAACAGUUCGGUCUCCAGGAAGUCGGACACAUCAGAGCCAUCAAGGAAGCUCUCGGAAAGGAAGCCUUCCCUCGCCCACACUUGGAUUUCGGCAAGGACGUCUGGGCCAAAACUUUCGACGAUGCAUUCGGCUACACGCUGGAUCCACCCUUCAACCCAUAUGCCAACAGCGUAAACUACAUGCUUGCCUCCUAUGCCAUCCCUUACGUGGGUUUGACUGGAUACACUGGAGGAGCUCCGUUGCUGCAAGGCGCAGGAGCUAAGUCGCUCGCGGCGCGGCUCUUGGCAGUUGAGGCAGGUCAGGAUGCAGCAAUCAGGACAUGGUUGUAUCUGGUGAAAGACAAGAUAGUGAAGCCUUACGAGUUCACGGUGGCAGAAGCGACCGAGAAACUGUCCAAGCUCCGAAAUAAGCUCGACGGAUCAGAUGAGGUUGAUGAUGAGGGACUCAUCGUGCCGAAGGAACUCGGAGCAGAGGAAGCUGUGGAGGGUAAUUGCCUUGCCGGUGACAAGGACUCUCUAGCUUACUCUCGAACUCCCAGGCAGAUUUUCUCGGUGGUUUACGCUUCAGGAGAUCCUUCAAAGCCAGGAGGUUUCUAUCCGAAGGGAGGACUCGGACGCCAUGCGCUCAAGUACCUUAGCACCUACGAGUCUGUAAAGCAAACUUUGAAUCCUUUUCUGGACAGUGAAUUGUAGAUUGUUACGAGGUUUGGGGACCAUUGGGUAGAGUACAGUGAUGUAUGCAAUCUUGUAGUAUAAGUUUCUGUCAACGGACGAAAACUUCUACCCGCCAAUCUCUUCACAACGGAUGUGAAGAAAACCUGCUGUACAGUGUUUCAGGUAACAUGCAACUUCAAUAAAAAGCUUCCAGGCUUAGUCCUGAGCCGACGUUCUUUC